CUUAUAGAUAAUAAAUUUAUUAAUUUUAAGUGUAUUUGGCAUGAUUAGUUCAGUUAAUCAAGUUUUUCAUACUUACACACUUAUAAUAAGUUAAUUUUUGCAAUCAAAAAUUCAAUAGUACAUCAUAAUAAUGAAAGUAAUAGGAAUGAAGGGUGAUGAAAAUCCGGCGGCAAUUUCUGGGUGGUAACCUUGGCGGCGGCAUAGUUGUGGGGAGUGGUGCGUACCGAAAAUAGGGAAGUGGAACAAUACACACGCGCUUAUAUGGACUAAGUCGUGACUCGGCCCACAAACUGUUAGAGUCCGAUCGAAACUGGUAUUUCAGCCGAAACCGAAACUGGGAUUUACAUCAACAUACCUAUUUAAACAUGUGUCCAAAUGUAUACGCUAAGUUGGUGGGGACACAUGAACAGAAUGAAUGAUCAAGCACAAGCAAAAAGAGUGUGGAUGGCAAGACCGAACAGAAGUAGAAAGUUAGGAAGACCAAGGAAAGAAUGGGAUAGUCUCCGGGCACUUCUUCUUCCGACCUGGUACUCUUCGGACCUCCAUACUGCGAGUACUAUCGACACUCCUGAAGUAUCCCGAGUAAAGUGUAACAUAAACAACAAAAAUAUUGGCAGCACGUAUUCAAAGAGGCAAGCAAACGGAACGAAGUCCGUUAUGGGUUAUACCCUGUGGUUAGCCGCAACGAUGUUAAUUCUUCAGAUUUGUUAUUCUUCAGAAAAUAAAUUAGUUGCUUGUUUCAGAUGUGAAGAAAAGUCCAAUCAUGCAUGUCUAGGUGACUUGUUAAAAUCCGGUCAAUAUGAUAAACGAUCUAUUCCAUCUGUCAAUGGAACACUCACUGUCAAUAUCGAAAUUACGUCAUUGACUUUGUCACAAAUCAGCAGAGAUAGUCUUAAUUAUGAAGUAGAUUUAAUUCUGCAGCAAAGAUGGCACGAUCCGCGGUUGGGGUAUAAUUUGAUCGAUGAGAAGAACGACUAUUUGAAUGCUACCAAUCAUUAUGGAGAUAUCUGGUUGCCCGACACGAAUUUCGUUAGCGAUGAUUCUGAAGAGUCAUCUCCUCAUGAUAACCUGGAAUUGACCAUUUCUCCGAAUGGAACUGUCAAUUAUCUCAUGGGGCAACAUCUCAACUUAUCAUGCCCAGAUAUCAUAAAUACAUUUCCGAUAGGUGAUCCGAUCUGCUCGUUCAAGAUGAAAAACCGUUCGUACAAUCGGACUGCCAUUGAGUACGUUUGGAAGUAUGGUAAAAAUAUUGCCAUAACAUCAUCAAGUUUUACAGCACUGAACACCCACUUGAUCGAUACUCAAACAAUGACCUGCCCGAUGAAUAUAAAUCGGCGAGAGAAUUAUCGCUGUCUUCAAAUAAACCUGAAGGUUGCACGAGAUAUAAAUUACUACAUCAGCAUAUUCUUUCUUCCAAACAUUAUCCUGGUGAAUAUAUCUUUCAUCACUUUCUGGAUACAUAGGAAUGCUGUUCAUGCGAGAGUCAUAAUUGGAGCAAUCACGUCUAUGGCUCUAUUCGCCAUUUCAAAUGGCUUUAUAUGCACUUUGCCGUUAGCGAGAAAUUUAACCGAGAUAAAAACUUGGAAUGGUGUUUGCAUGUAUUUCAUCUGUGGCUCGCUUUUGGAGUUCGUAUUAGUCCACUAUUUGGGCCAAAAAGAACUACAAUCUGAUAAUGCUUCCGCUAUUGUUGAAAAUGUCGACAGAAUCAUGCCCAAUGGAAAGCCGGCGAAUUAGGUUCCCUUUGCGCAAUUUGUGGACAAAAUUGCCCGCGUUUUAUUCCCGUUUGCAUUUGGAACCUUUGUUAUCUUUUUUAUUUAUAAUAACUGAAGUAGCAGCAAUGAUACAGAUGAAGUACUCCGCUCUUCUCGGUCAGCACCUAACGAUCAGGUAAAACUGUUCUUGGGCUAAACAUGUACCUCGAUAAUUUGACUUGGUCAUAAACUAACGUAAGUUAAAGGUCUGCACAACAGCUGACAAAACAAUUAUCAAUGAAUUUUUAAUGAGGGCAAUACUAUUUCUUGAAAACAAUGGAAUUUAUAGUAGAACCUUGCCGACCUACCAAGAAUAUUAUAUUGGUUGCAAGAAUUUGAUGUUGACAAUGCAAAUGCAUACAAUUGAUGUAUCAAAGUAAAUGUUUGAAAAAUUUAUUUUCCUAUAAAUAUUAGCAUAAAUUAUCAUGAAAUAGUAAAAUUACUAGUAGUAUGUUACAGAAUUAUAUAAAUUUAUUUAUUCAUACAUUAUAAUACAAAUGAUUAAAUUGAAUUAGAAAAUUGACAAAAAAUUUUCAUGAAAUAAUUCGGACAUCGUGAUAUGUACACAAUGGCAAGUAUAAAGUGAAAAUUAGUCAAUUAAACUUGUUCAAACAAAAAUUACAUAAAUUGAACACAUGUACCACAUAAUAUUGACCCAAUUGAAUUAUAUUUUUAUACUACAGAUGUAAAUUUAUUUUUGUCAAGUCAAAGUAAAUGUUGUAAUCAUGAAUACGACAAAAAAUUACAAUAAUGUUAUCAUGUGUUGCUUAAUGAAUAUAAUAUAUUGAAUGUUAAAAUGUCAAAUAA